UAUCAACUAUUAAUUUCUUCAUUAAAUUCUAAUCAUUUUCGUUUGUUCGAUAUUAAAGAAUUAUUUUUCUGUCGCAGUAGAAACAUACGUGACAUACUUUUACAGGAAAGAGGAAUAUAUUAAAACGGUACUUUCACAUUGUGUAUUCUAUUGAUUGCGAAUAUACGUUUUGGUGUCAAAUCAACUAAUCUUCAAUGUUAAUACAUAAUAAAAUGUGUAGUAAUGGUGAUACAAAAUCGAAUUUUAAUAUAGAUGCAAACUUCAUAACAACAGAUACGAAAAGAAUGAGAAGGAAGAGAAAGGUUUUACAUUGUUACAUUUAUAUUUUAAUAUAAAUUUAAUUAUACAAGUUAUUAAUAGAAAACUAUUCAUUUUGUUUUUGUUUUCAGCAAGAAAUGGAGAAAUUAAAUAUUUUUAAUAAACUACAAUUAACAUUCAGGCUAUUUUUAUGGUUUAUGUCAUUUGUAGUGCUAUUAAUUAGCAUAUUCUAUUAUUUAUAUAUUCAGUCACCUUUGAAAAAGUUUGACAAAGAAAGAAUCGAUGAUGAAAGACCAACGUAUUAUGUUCUUAAUAGAAACAAUGAUUCCAUCGAUCAUUUAAAUAAUAUAUUUACGGUAUUAAAUGGUAUCGGAUUUAAACGUACUAACGAUGAAACUAAUUGGAAUCUUUUGUGGUCGCAUGAAUAUCCGUUUCUAACAUUAGCUCCAAUUUUACAAAAUUUAAAACCUCAUCAACUUAUCAAUCAUUUUCCUGGCUGCGGUUAUAUCACAAACAAGAAACAUUUAUCUACGUCCGGAGUAUUCUAUUUACCUAAAUCGUUUAGGAUUCCACAGGAUAGAAAUAAAUUUCUCACACAUGCCAUUCUAAAUCCAAAUAAAUUAUGGUUGAAAAAGUCUAAUAACCAUCGUGGUAUAAAGAUUGUUAAAGCUUCUGAUAUAGAUUACAAUGAUUCAGAAUCUUUUAUACAAGAUUUUAUAGAUAAUCCAUUCCUCAUCGAUGGUUAUAAAUUUGAUCUAGGUGUAUAUGUAGUAUUUACAUCUAUUGAUCCACUCAGAGUAUAUAUUUACAAAGGAGAUGUCUUACUUAGAUUCUGUACAAUAAAGUAUGAACCAUUUGAUAGCAGUCAAGAGGAUUCAUACAUUAUUAGCGAUGAAUACCGACCUAUUUGGGAAGUACCAUCUCUGAAUGAUUAUUAUAUUCGUUUGGGAUAUUCAAUGAAAGAUUCAUUAUAUGCAUAUAUGAGAUCAAUAGGAAAAGACUUUGAUAAUAUCUGGAAUCAAAUAAAAAAAGCAAUACAAGAAAUAGCAAUUAUGAAAGAAAGUUUAAUGAAAGAAAGCAUCCAACGUUAUGGUAAUCAAAGAAAUUAUUUCGAAUUGGUCAGAUUUGACUUCAUUAUUGAUAAAGAUAUGAAAGUGCAUGUGAUGGAAGCAAAUAUGUCUCCCAAUUUAUCAUCCGCUCAUUAUCCUCCUAAUCAAUUACUUUAUGAACAAGUUUUAUUUAAUUUAUUCUCACUCAUCGGUAUUAACUCAAGGGUUAAACAAACUCGUGUAAAAAAAUCGCCUGAAACAAGAGGCCAAUUCGUACAAGAAAUGGAAGUAGCGUCUAAAAAUUUAGCAGUAUUACCGCACAUUUGCAUAACAUGUCACGAUUGUUUAAAAAUGGAAUGUCAACUUUGUAUACCGUGUAUGACAGAAGAAAUUAAACACAUUUUAAUUCAAAGUUAUAAAGAACAUCAAAACAAGUUGGAUUUUCAAAGGAUAUUUCCACCUUCUCCACUCAAUCAUACAGUAUUUAAUGAAUAUUCACUACAAAAUCAAUUGCUAAUAAAAUGGUAUCAAGGUAAAUGUGCUAACGAUCCCUUGUGGUGCAUGUCUUAGUAUAAGGUAUAUAGGUAAUAAGGUAUAUAGAAUAAUUUUUAAAUGAACUGCACGAACAAGUAUAAAAACACAUAAAAAUGAGGAUUCUUGUUAUUUAUA